AUGGCUUCUCUUCUUCUCUCCCUCCAACCUCCGACCAAUCUCACUUCCUCCACUACCCUCCUCUUUCUCCGAAAUCCCCACCGCAUCCCCACUUCAACAACCUCCCUUAAACCCAAAACCCUCACAUUCAAACCCUUCACCACUUGCUUCUCCCUCGCCGAAUCCGACUCCCCCAAAUCUUUACGACCCGAAACCCGACUCGUCCUCCAAGACGUCGCUGACAGCUUUGAUCUUCCUCCGGACUACUUUGCUAAGCUGCCCAAUGAUCUUCGUCUCGAUCUGAAUGAUGCUGCUUUUGAUCUUUCGAAUGGGAAGAUCAUCGAUGAGUAUGGUCAAGAGUUGGGAGAGAAACUGUUAAAUCUAUCCCGUGCGUGGGAAGUAGUUGACACGUCAACUUCACACAGUUUAGCUAGCAAGCUCCCUGAAUUGGAAGAAUCUUUGACAAACAAUGCCAAAUCAGCACUUGGGAAGCGUUUGGUUUCCGCUGGAAGAAGGUUCCAGUCUAUGGGACAGUAUGGUGAAGGUGAACUGCAAAAGAUUGCAAAAACAAUGACUACAGCCGGAAAGCUUCUAUCUGCAACUUCAAUAUCCACUGCAACUAAUGAAGAACCAAAGAAUGAAAGCAGGAUGCUGAAGUUUGGAGAACUUCAGCUUGAGCUUACAUCAGAAAAAGCCACCAUUGGUGCUAUUAUCAGCUUUGCCUUCGGGAUUCUUUCAUGGCAAUUAGCUCAAGGCGUCCAAAACAUCCCAGAGAACUCAUUGCAGUAUGCAAAUGACAAUGCUUUGCUGCUGGCUAAGUCUUUGAGGGGAGCUCUUCUUGCAGCUUGCUAUUCCUCAGCAGUAUUGUGUGCUUUUACUACCUUCGGACUUAUCUUACUUGGAAGGCAACUAAAGUCACCAGAAGAAAAUUUUGAGGUCACCAUUUUGGAGCCUUGUUAUGGAUUUUGCAAUGUUAUUAGUCCUUACGUUGCUGGCUUAUAUCACUGCAUCACUCACCACCACUCCCUUCCCUCUAUAAAAACAGCACAAUCUGUACUCUACUUCACACAUGUAAAUAGAUCGACAUUACACACAAAGAUGGCGAGCCCUCUCAGCUGCUCAGCCUCCGACCUAACCCCCCUCCUCGGCUCCGCCCCUGGCAACCUCAACACCACCCUCCUCGCCGACUUCCUCUGCUCCCGCUUCACAGCCAUCUCCACUAAGUUUACCGAAACCACCUAUGCCGUGGACAACACGUAUCUUCUCUUCUCUGCCUACCUCGUCUUCGCUAUGCAGCUCGGUUUCGCCAUGCUCUGCGCCGGCUCCGUCCGCGCCAAAAACACCAUGAACAUCAUGCUCACCAACGUCCUCGACGCCGCUGCCGGGGGCCUCUCCUACUACCUCUUCGGCUUUGCCUUCGCCUUUGGAGCCCCCUCCAACGGCUUCAUCGGCCGUCACUUCUUCGGCCUCAACGACUACCCCUCUGUGACCGGAGACUACAGCUAUUUCCUCUACCAAUGGGCCUUCGCCAUAGCUGCCGCCGGAAUCACCAGCGGUUCAAUCGCCGAGAGAACUCAAUUUGUGGCGUACCUCAUCUACUCUUCAUUUCUCACCGGCUUUGUUUACCCAGUAGUUUCUCAUUGGUUCUGGUCAGCGGACGGAUGGGCUAGUCCUAUUCGCCCUGAUAAUCUACUCUUUGGCUCCGGAGCCAUCGACUUUGCCGGAUCCGGCGUCGUCCAUAUGGUCGGUGGAAUAGCCGGUUUAUGGGGUGCCCUAAUUGAAGGACCCAGAAUUGGAAGAUUCGACAGGGCCGGCCGGUCCGUAGCGUUACGUGGACACAACGCUUCCCUAGUUGUUCUCGGCACGUUCUUGCUUUGGUUCGGCUGGUACGGAUUCAACCCCGGCUCUUUUCUCACCAUCGUUAAGGCGUACGGCGACGGCGGCAGUUACUACGGGCAGUGGAGCGCCAUCGGGAGGACAGCUGUCACUACCACCUUGGCGGGAUGCACAGCCGCGCUAACCACCUUGUUCGGAAAGCGCUUAUUGGUUGGACACUGGAAUGUUUUAGAUGUCUGCAACGGUCUGUUAGGUGGCUUUGCUGCGAUCACCUCCGGUUGCUCGGUGGUGGAGCCCUGGGCGGCGAUCGUGUGCGGAUUUGUUGCUGCAUGGGUUCUAAUCUGUUGCAAUAAGCUCGCAGAGAAGGUGAAGUACGACGAUCCUUUAGAGGCGGCGCAGCUGCAUGGAGGGUGCGGCGCAUGGGGGUUGAUAUUUACGGGUUUGUUCGCGACGAAGAGAUAUGUGAACGAGGUGUACCCGGGAAGGCCGGGGAGACCUUACGGACUGUUCAUGGGUGGUGGAGGGAAGCUGCUGGCGGCGCAAGUGGUGCAGAUACUAGUGGUCAUGGGGUGGGUGACGGUGACUAUGGGGCCGCUGUUUUACGGGCUUCAUAAGCUGAAGCUGCUGCGGGUCUCCGACGAGGAUGAGACGGCGGGGAUGGAUUUGACCAGGCAUGGAGGGUUUGCUUAUGUGUACAAUGAUGAGGACGAGGCAAGUAAACCAGGGUUUAUGAUGAGGAGGGUGGAGCCCACGGAUGAUUCCAGUCCUGUCCCUUAGUGGUUUUGUUUCACUAUUUCUGUGGUGGUUCUAUUUUUGAGUUGAAUCUCUUUUCGUAGAAUGGUUGGAUGUUCGAGCAAGAUUUAAAAAAGAAAAGAACAAGGAACAAUGUGUAUGGAUGACACUCUUUGUACUCCAUACAAUGGUUCGUAUAUGUAUACUUUCUAGUAGAUACACUAUGCUCUUUCAUGUUCCAUUUGGAGAGCCUUGAUAUGUUAUAUUAGCUGCAUAAGGUCUACUUCAUAUUGAUGAUAUGGAUACAGUUAGAGGGGAAAUAAGAAGACUUUGGACACUAUAAGCAACCUUUGGGAUUUCCUAUAUUGUUGCAGAUAUAGGCAACAUCUAUCAGCUAGGUUAUUGAGGCACAAGUAUUAGGUAGGCUUCAUUGAGAUCAACGUUUAAUUCUUCUAGACUUAUGCAUAUGUGUUUGAAGUUAUUAUAUAUUAUAAUAAUAAUAAUUGGUACUA